AGUCGUUUUUUCGACCUGUCUUUUAAAAUACCCCCAAAAAGCCUUAUUGUUUGUGAUUAUGUUCACUAUCCGCAGUAUUUUUUUUAAUCUGCAUUUGAAUAUGUAUUUUACUUGUUGAUAAUGACACGUAUGCAUUUUUUACUCAACAAAACCGGAAACCACUAUUUUGUGAGUGGGAAGUCGCUAUCUGGACUUUGAACGUCAAGGUGUAAGUGUCGCUUUAGCCAACGAAAAUAUGGAAUUUAGGGAUUAGUUAACAUUUCCUGUUGGGAGGUGGUGUCUGUAAAGAGUGACUAUGACAACAGGAUUGCUUAAAAGUGUGGUCUUUUGUCCAUUUUGGCACAUAAGUACGACUUCCUUGUGUCGACGAGCUAGCGGUAGUUAGCCAAGGGCUCGCCGAGUCUUCGAUGACGUCACCGCAGUUCUUGACAAUAGUUGUCAUUUGUUUGAGAUCAUUCUAGAAGUCUCCUCUAUUUGGCAACAUUUUUAGUUGUGUCCAAGAACCGAGUGCAACCACUGCCAUGUAAAAGGACAGCCUCUUAUUUCCUGAUAUCUAUGUCAAGUCAUGUUCUAGUCUGCCAGUGACACACCUGAGUCAGCAUGAAGGCCUCGGCGUCCAGAAUCUCCUUCUGCGCGGGGUUUGUGUUUGGAGGCUUCAUGCUGUACCUUUUUCUACGACAAAUAGGCUUCGAGAAGACCUUUUCUGUGGCAUUAUCCAGCGGCUCCGGAAGGCAUCUCGAUCACCAGCAGCAAGAGCUUGAAGAGCAGAAAGUGUGGAAGAAAAAGGGCUCAGCCCUCUUGAAUCUGAAACACCCUCAUCAUUCAGAUGAAGACAGCAGAAUGGCAGAUGAAUUGUACAAAAAAGUACGCAUUCUUUGCUGGGUGAUGACUGGACCCAAGAACCUGGAGACGAGGGCUCGCUACGUGAAGGACACGUGGAGUCGACACUGCAAUAUUGUGGUGUUUGUCAGUUCCGUGGACGAUCCCAACUUCCCAACCGUGGGUUUGGAUACAAAAGAGGGCCGUGACCAGCUUUAUUGGAAAACCAUCCGGGCCUACCAUUACGUCUUCGAGCAUCACGGUCACGAAGCCGAUUGGUUCCUCAAGGCGGACGACGACGCCUACGUAAUAGUGGACAACAUGCGCUGGGUUCUUGCAAACCACACCCCGGAUGAGCCUAUUUAUUUUGGUCGAAGAUUCAAGCCCUACGUCAAGCAAGGCUACAUGAGUGGUGGCGCUGGAUACGUGCUGAGCAAAGAGGCCCUGCGGCGAUUUGUGGAAGGCUUCAAAAACAAAGUGUGUACUCACACCAGCUCAGUGGAGGACCUAGCGUUGGGACAGUGCAUGGAGAAGGUCGGUGUGGUGGCAGGAGACUCCAGGGACACUUUGCAACGGGAGACAUUUCACCCCUUUGUACCUGAGCAGCACCUUACUGCCAAGUUUCCAAAGAGCUUCUGGUAUUGGAGCUACUGCUACUACCCCAUCUCACAGGGUCCAAACUGCUGCUCGGACUUGUCUGUUUCCUUCCACUAUGUACAUGACAGCAACAUGUAUCUAUUGGAGUACUACGUCUAUCACCUGCGUGCCUUUGGCUACAGAUACCGCUACCAGCCCCCCACUCCGCUCGGGUACUCUUACGAGAAGGUGCGCUCACAGGACGCUGUUGUCGCUAUGGAAAAGAACAACGUUUCUCAGAAAAAAGAUGCAGAAGGCGAGGUUAGUGAAAAGAGAACGGAUGACUCCCAGCUUCCAGCUGCCAAAGUUCUUCCUGCUACUCCUGCAGUCAAGCAUUAGUAGGACCAGUUGGCGCCAUCAUUAAUGAAGAAUUUCCAUUACAAUAACGUACAAUCUUCAGACUGAGGUUAACCUCUGCUUUUGUGGUUCCACAAGUAAGUCCGAAAUCCUUCAGGGAUGUUUUUUUCAGAGGGCUUGAACAAUGGCACAUACCUCCCACUAUUCACUAUCACAAUAUUCCACACCUUCAACUAACCAAACUGCGACUACAUAGUUUUUGGAAUGACUGACUGACCACACGCUUGUCACCACGUCUCAGAUUGUGUUUGUUCCACUUGUAUACAUUUCCUUGAUUGAUGGAUCUGAAAUGUUGACUGAAUGUAAAAUAAUUGCCUAAACUCGACAAAUAGCGCAAA